UCUAUCUGCCACAGAAUUUUCCACGCCCCAAAAAUAAAUACAAGUCUAGAGCCACUAAUCACAAACUUCAAUUAUUUCUUCAAAAAGCAACCUCACUAGCUUUAAUAUAAUAGGAAACCAUGGCCUUAAAUUUUAUCUCACAAAGUGAGUUACCCCUUAAUGAAAAUGAUUCUCAAGACAUGGUUAUAUACCAAAUUCUUAAGGAAGCUAAUGAACUUAGCAACACAAUGGUGCAAGAGAGGCACCAAAAUGGCCUAGAACAAAGCAAGAGCAUUAAAAAGAAGAAUUACAGAGGUGUAAGGCGUCGACCGUGGGGAAAAUAUGCAGCAGAGAUUCGUGACUCGAAGCAAAAUGGAGCUAGGAUAUGGCUUGGUACAUUUCAAACAGCUGAAGAGGCUGCAAUUGCUUAUGAUAAAGCUGCUUUCAGAAUGAGGGGUGCUAAAGCUUUGUUGAAUUUCCCACAUGAUUUUUCUGCUCAAGGAAAAUAAACAAACAAGGACUCUCAAUCCGUUGCAAAAUAUAAGAAAAAGUGAGUCAAAUAAAAUUGAUGUAUUUAGUUCAAAUUCAUAAUGCACCGCUUGGAUGUUAGAGAAAUAUUGCUAAAAUUGUGUUUAUUGUUUAAGUGUUUACAUCUAAGUUAAAUUUGUCGUAUGAACUUCUCAAUUUUCAAUACCCAAAUUAAUUUUUUUUCAA